CCAGUUUGACAUCUAUAUAUUGCUGCUCGUCCACCUUGAAUCGAACUUUCUUUUCUUCUCAUUCAUGAUUCAGACUCUAUUUCUAUCUUCUACUUUCAGUUCUUACUCUGCCCUCAUCUCCUCGGAUAGGAUACUUUAGCCAACAUCUUUAACCUCAAGCUAUUCACAAGUACACCUCUCCCCCACAAAUCAAAUUCCAGGGAUAGCAUCACCAAGACGCAACCAAGACGUAACAAUGCCAUCCACAGCACCAAUCCUGCGGCCCAAGAAGGCCCAAGCCGUCAAUGCUCAUGAGGAAGAGGAGCCGAUCAGCUACGACAUCAACAUUCCUUACGUCGACGUCACCAAAGAAGUGCAUUCCCGUACCAGAUACCCCGAGUACCUCCCUACAUGGGACAAGGUGUGGUUCGAUCCACUUCCUCCAUUUGAGUACCAGGACCCUGCGCUGCGCGUGACAGACAAGAGCAAGCCCAACCUCCUCAGCGGCGCAACCAAAGUGACUGAGAUCCAGCCGCGCAUCGGCAGCAUUUUGGAAGGCGUCCAGCUUAACCAGCUGUCCGAUGCUGCAAAGGAUGAAUUGGCUCUUCUGGUCGCAGAGCGCAAGGUGGUCGCUUUCCCGAACCAGGAUCUGAUCGAUGCCGGCCCGGAAGAACAAGAAGCUUUCAUGCGACACUUUGGCAAGCCCAACUAUCAGCCUGUCUCCGGCUCCGUGCGCGGCCACCCUGGGUUUCACAUCAUCCACCGUGAUGGGAACCGCGAAGAGAUUUCUCGCUUCUUGGAGCAGAGGACGACCACCACACUUUGGCACCAAGAUGUCAGCUACGAGAUCCAACCCCCGGGCUAUGUCAUGCUAGGACUGCUGGAAGGUCCCGAAGUCGGCGGCGACACCGUCUUUUCGGCAACUGAUAUGGCAUACAAGCGUCUUUCCCCCACUUUCACCUCAUGGCUGGAUACGCUGCGCGCGGUCCACUCCUCCGCCAAGAUGAUCAACCACGCCCGCUUGACUGGCAGCUUGGUGCGCAAAGACGCCGUCGACACCGUCCACCCGCUUGUGCGCGUCCACCCAGUCACAGGCGAGAAAUGCCUUUUUGUCAACGGAGAGUUCAUCACGAAGAUCCAAGGCCUGAAGGAGCCCGAGCAGAAGUGGUUGCUCGAUUUCCUCAUGCAACACAUCAUCACCGGCCACGACUUCCAGGCCCGAGUCCGGUGGCAGCCUAGGACCAUUGUCAUCUUCGACAACCGCUGCACCACCCACUCUGCCAUUGUCGACUACCUCGACGACGAUAACGGUGCCAAGCUCCGCCACAUCUUCCGCAUGUGUGCCUUGGGCGAAAAGCCCAUCCCGGUGUAUGACCAAUUCGAGUAGAUCCUUUCUCGAACCCUCCGCUCACAGCUCCCGCUUGCCUAUUCUGCAACAGCUGGCAGUCUCUGAAGUGACCGAUCACAUCACGGUCAGGGAUCACCCACCCUCAGGCAAUGAUUGCUAGGGGGUUUUCCACCAACCAACCUUCUCCGUCUUGCGUUUUAAUCCGCCCCGGCGCACCGCACUGUCCAUGUCUGACUCCCAUUUCUAAUUAUUAUACCCUGUCUUUUGGGUUUCAUUUCCAAGAGUUCCUCUUAUCUAUUCACUUCUAAUUUCUGAUUCAAUCUCUGGUUUGAUCUUCCCAAAAUUGAUACCUCUGCUCAUUCCCUUCUUUAUUGU